UCCAGUCUGGUUGUGACGUCACAUUUGUCUUGUGACUUGGAAUAUUAAAGUACCUGCAUUAGGAUGUCCGUCUGUCAACAGCGCCUUCUGGCCAGAAUGUCUACUGAGAAAGAAACACUUCAAAAACGUCAACAGAGCCCUAAUGCUCCUGGGACUCAGCAGCAACCCCAAGGGACGCAACCCCAGCCAGGCUACCAACAACCACAUAGCGCCUAUCAACAAAACCAACCACAGUACAUAAACUCUCAACUUCCAACAUACACACAGCCACAAAACCCAUCAAUGACGUCACAAUUGCAGCAACCUCCAAUAUUGUAUGUUGGGUACAAUACUAAUCACCCUGUCACAUUCAUACCGGCCCCAGUCCCAAAGCGAUCAAUUUUUGAGGCGUACCUUCUUACUCUCCUUCUGGGAUUUACUGGAGCGCAGCACUUCUACCUGAGGCGCCCUGCAUGGGGUGUCGUGUACUUUUUCACGCUUGGAUUUCUGGGAUGUGGGUGGGUGAUUGAUCUGUUUAGGCUCCCUCUGUUGGUGGCUCGCUGUAACAAACAAGCGUCACACCCGGAGACAACCGAGGAGAAAAAGAAAAACCUAGACGAUGCUUAUGUACUAUGGCUACCUGCGGGUUUUUUGGGACUUCAUCACUUUUAUUUGAACAACAUCGGUCUGGGUGUUGUAUACUUCUUCACAUUUGGACUACUGGGUGUCGGAUGGGUUAUUGAUGCUUUCUUAAUGCCGUAUCACGUUAGAAAAGCAAACUCCAACAUCCCAGAUUCUCAAGAGAAAAGCACAGCUACUACUUGCAUAUUAACCAUUUCUCCUGCGGGGAUCCUCGGCGCUCACCAUUAUUACCUCAAUAGGAUAGGGUUUGGGAUCGCCUACACGCUUACAUUUGGACUUCUUGGUGUUGGAUACAUUGUUGACUGGUGCCGCUUCCCAGUAUUAGUUCAAAGAUACAACAAGAGUAAAAGCAAGGGCUUCAUUUCCCACAAACAUUUGGAUGAUGCUUAUCUUCUGUGGUUUCCACUUGGGUUUCUCGGACUUCAUCAUUUCUACCUGAACAGACCAGGGUGGGGCUGCCUGUAUUUCUUUACUUUCGGUUUGUUUGGGCUUGGGUGGAUUAUCGACGGAUGUCGGCUGUGUUCCUUGGUUACAGAAUGUAACAGACAAAUAGACGAACAGAUCCUUCUCAACAGCAACAACCAGGGAAUUUCUAAUCCUAACUUUGUAGCCGGAAGUGGCGGAUCUCAUCAAUGGCCACCAGCAGCUGGAGGUCAAGUUGUCUCUAAUUAUACAUAUACGUCAAUACCAUAUCCACCAGGGUAUACGGCCAAUUGUCCUGCCCAGCCAGGGCUUUAUCCAACACAACAUAACGGAUAUGGGUCCACUUCCGGUGUUGGCGAUCAACCACCUCCUUAUGAAGCUGCCCGUACGAAAUUUUAG